GUUAAUUCUUAAAAAUAAAUGGAAACAAUUGGAACAGGAUUAGGCAUGAAUUUUAUCGGAGCUGGGGCUCUGGGUAUGAACUAUGUGCCUAUCACAAAAGAUACCUUUAUCCCUAGCGAGGAGGACAUCUUUGUCCAUGCUGGAAAAGAAAAACAGAGACUUAUCUUCGGAGAGCCCUUGGUGUAUGAAGACAAAGAGAAAGAACUCAUCCAAGAGUUCACCAACUACCUUACUGAAAACAAUCUGUCCCUUCCUGAAGGAUACGAUGAGCGUGAAUGUUUCAGAUAUUAUCAGGGUUGCGGUUAUGACUCUAAAAAGGCAUUUGAAGGAAUCCUUGAGAAUCACGAAUUCAAUACCAAGAACCUCCCAGUUGAUAUAGAUAGUAUUGAAGAAGCUCUUCAGAGCGGGAUGGUCUACUUCUAUAAAACUGAUAUUCAUUUUAGACCAGUCUGAAUCAUCAAUGUCAAGAAGUUAGUCAAAACUGAACUUGACGAAGACAUUCUUCUUAAGGUCACAUUAGCAAUGGCAGACCAUGUGACAAAAAAAUAUAUGAGGCCUGGUGCCAUCGAGAACUGGACUGUCAUCUUAGACCUCAAAGAUGUUGGCGUGACUCAAAUCCCCAAGAAGAAACUUCAAUCAAUGGUCUCUAUUCUUCAGAGUAAUUUCAGAGGAAGACUUUACAAACUCUUUGCUAUCAAUAUGCCUUUCAUGAUCAGAGCCUUAUGGAAGCUGUUCAAAGGCAUGUGAGAUAAAUUCACUCAAGAGAAGCUUUCAAUGUAUGGAGGAGGUUAUGAGGCAGAUAUCCAGAAAGUCAUUCCUUCCUAUAACCUCGAGAAGCGCUUUGGUGGUGAUCUUGAUGAUGUUGAGAGUAAUUUCUUCCCACCCCAGUUAGAAUAG